AUGGUCAGUUUUGAUUCAGUCAGUUCUUCCGAGCACUCCUUGGUUGCCUUGCGAAACAGGAUAGUCGGCGAUGCUACAGCUAAACUUGAUGUUUAUUUGGGCCAAAAUAGUACGAUAUUCAAGGAGCUGACAUCUAUAAGUGCCAGCGAUGAUAUUGAUCUACAACAUUUAAAGUUAGACAUAUUAUUGAUUUUGUUGAAUGUGGACAAAAAUACAAUUGAAUCCUUAGGGGAAAGCUAUAAUGAUGUUGUUGUAAGUGUUCUACAGGAUAUUGAACUACCUAAGACAUUUCUUACAAACAAUACUUCAAUCAACAGAAAAUAUAUCAAACUGAUUAACAUGAGCAAAGGCUAUACGGAAUGCGAUGAAUUCCCUUUCCUCAAAGAAACAGAACAAUAUUUGUCUCAUUUAAUCGACAAGCUACUUUCUGAUAUAGCCAACUCAAGCGAGAUAGCAAACACGAUCGAAUUACUCACAUUACAACUACAAAAUGGCAAAAAUAGGUCAUUUUUAAUGACAAAAUCACUCAAGGAGCAAAUUGAGUCAAUGCUGUUUAAAUGUUACAGAAAAUACGCAGAGCUAAUUAACUACAAGUAUAUGAUUCGCCUUAGAGUUCAAAAAGAUAAGAAGAAUAACAAAUAUAAACCGCUCAGCAAUAAAGGUUUGAACUCUUGCAUUUCAUUACCGAAUUCGAUCACCAUAUCAAAUCAACAAGACGAAAAGCUCCUCUAUUUAUGCUUGGUACUUUACACUUGGAGUCAUAAAAUAAAUCAAACUGCAUCACUUUGGGAAAGCAGCGAAUUUCAAUUUUUUAUUUCCAGUUUUCUAAAAGGGGAGAAUAUACAACUAAAGUGUGCUGCGUUGGAGUUUUUAAUAGCUCCCUAUCUGAAUACUGAAAACACUUGGAAAAAGAGAAAGAUCAUUAUAAAAUACCUCCCAUAUUUAGUCGAUCUCCUCAAUUAUCAACCCCUACCAAAGUGGUUUGACAUUUUUGAGACUUUAACAGAUUUAAUUGAAUUAUACAACAGGCACGAGCCCAUGAACAAUCCCAUUAUUAUGUUUUUGUCAAAAUCAAAUAUGCUAUACGGGAUUUUGGGGGUAUUUUUUGAAUGUAUGUCAUUAAAAACACAAAAUAAUGCUUCUAUCAAAACAUUGACUAAAUGCGUUAAAUUUUGUGCUGCGUUUGCUGCUAACGAUGAAAAAUAUAGGGCCCUUCUAUUGGAACAUAAGUUUCUGUUGAAUAACCUAGAGUUUGGAUUAGAACUUCACCUUAGUUUACUUAAUGAAUUUAUUGAAUUUUUCAAUACCUUUAAAAAUGGAAAUUUGAUUUCUAGUACUGAACCUUUCCCAUGUUUAUAUGAUUCGGAACUUUGUUUUGAAUGGUUAUCUUUACUAAAGUCAUUUUCAAGAAGCGUGACAGCGUUACGUACUUCUCUGAAAAGAAACAAAUUACCAGAGUUGCUGCUAAGACUUUUGAGAAAAAUACAUCGUAUUACAAAAGAAUGUUUUGAGGUGGGCCCUGAAUUCUUAGGCGCUGAAUUAAAAGUAAUGGGACAAACACUAGGUACGAUCUGCAAUUUUGUUGUAGAAUUUUCCAAUCUCCAGCCAUACCUAGUAAAGAACGGCAUAAUUGAAAUUAUACAAGAUCUGCUCAGUGAUCCACUAUUAAACGACAGUAUCGAGUGGAAUUUACAAAGCAGGAAGAAUGCGUUACAGGGUUGCAACACAGAGGAUGUUAAGACUAAUUCGUUAUGGGUAUUGCGUCACUUAAUGUAUAAUUGUCAAAAUGAAGAAAAGCUAGAAUUACUCGCGAAGAUUCCAAUGGAAACUAUUCUGGAGUUUGUUAAUGAUCCUAGCUGGCCAGUGCAGGCACAAGCUUUCCAAUUAAUCAGAAAUCUGACGUCGAAUUCUAGAAAAGUGGUGAAUAUUUUACUGGAGAACUUUAAAGAAGUUGAAUACAAUCUUGACCCAGUAACAGGCAAAACCAAAGCAAUUGGUAACACUUAUCUGUUUGAGUUCCUUGUACAUAAAAUGACCAAAUUAGAUCCCCGUGAUCCACCACAAAAGAAAACCCUAGAAGGGAUUUUAUAUAUAAUAGUUAACCUAGCUGCUGUGAAUGAAAACAAAAAACAACUCGUUGUGGAACAAGAUGAAAUAUUAGAAAUAUUAAGUGAAAUAUUAGCAGCUUCUGCACAAAACCCAACAAGAUAUGGAAACGAUAGUGACUUGAAACUUGCAUCACUUUGGGUACUAAAUAACUUACUAUGGAAUUCUGAAUCAGCAAACCAUUCCCAAUUUGGUUUGGAUGGAUACCCACCAACGUCAAGAGACAGCAGUUCAGCACCAAUAGAUUACUCCGAACCGCCAUCAGGUAGAGUGUCCAGAAAUGAAAUACAUGGCAUUACAAGCAACACCGAUCAUAACUCAGCUAUUGAUGAGGAUAUUGAUGACAGUAGCGCUCUUCAAGACAAUGAAGAACGGAACGACGAGUUUGUGAGACAUAUCCCAGAGGGUAGAUCUCAGAAUAAUAAUUCCACUGUUUUAAGAUGCAAGAAAUUGGUUGAUCUAGGUAUACAUGAACUGGUGAAAAAGAAUAUUUUUGACGAUUCACUUUCAGUAAGAGAGAAAGCAAGAACACUUUCCUUUCAUAUGGACUUACUUUUACGUGAUAGCAACAGUAGCUGA